ACUUCGAUAGAUUCCAAAACAAUCACGAAAUCCGAAUGUGCAUCUGAAAAUGCCAAUAAAUUGUAAGGCAAAAUGUGGCAAAGCGGCAGCGCUUAAGCGCCCAAAAACUGGAGAUGCCCUGUGCAAGGAGUGUUUCUUUGCCGCCUUUGAGGCUGAAAUCCACCACACGAUCACCUCGAGCAAGCUGUUCCGGCGGGGUGAGAAGGUAGCCGUAGCAGCAAGCGGUGGCAAGGAUUCUACGGUUCUGGCACACGUGAUGAAACUGCUGAAUGAGCGCCACGAUUACGGUCUAGAGCUUGUUUUGCUUUCCAUUGACGAGGGCAUUACUGGCUAUCGAGAUGACAGUCUGGAGACGGUUAAACAGAAUCGCGACGAUUAUAAAAUGCCACUUAAAAUCUUGUCCUACGAGGAGCUUUACGGCUGGACUAUGGAUCGCAUUGUGUCGCAGAUCGGACGCUCCAACAACUGCACGUUUUGCGGAGUAUUUCGGCGUCAGGCGUUGGACAGGGGCGCAAAGCUGUUGUGCGUCGACAGCAUAGCUACUGGCCACAACGCAGACGAUAUUGCAGAGACUGUGUUGAUGAAUGUACUGCGUGGUGACACGGCUCGUCUACGACGUUGCACAGACAUCCGAACUGGUGGUGGCGAAGAUUCCAUACCGCGUGUCAAGCCACUCAAAUAUAGCUACGAAAAGGAGAUUGUCAUGUACGCGCACUACAAGAAGCUGGUCUACUUUUCGACAGAAUGCGUCUUUGCCCCGAACGCGUAUCGGGGUCACGCCAGGGCUUUCUUGAAGGAUUUGGAGAAAGUGCGCCCCUCCGUCAUAAUGGACAUCAUCUACUCGGGCGAGCAAUUGCGCUUCAAAGAUACGGCCAAAAACCCUGUACGCGGCACGUGCAAUCGCUGCGGCUUUAUUUCAUCCCAGCAACCAUGCAAGGCCUGUGUUCUGCUCGAGGGUCUCAACCGUGGACUGCCCAAGCUGGGCAUAGGAAAGAAGUCCAAGGGCGAUCGCAUGAUCGCCAAGCAGGACCAAGAGCUGGCCCUUCGAGAACGUGCAAAUUUAGUAAAAAACGAUUUUUAAUAUUUGAAAUGUAGUCAUUUAUUAGCAUUUAUUGGGCUAUGUGCAUAUAUUUGUGGUGGAUAGGCACGUGGGACGUUAGACGUGUCGAACCUGCAAAAAGAGAAAUUUAUUAUUAGUAAGGUGCAUUCUACUUUUAUAAUAUAAAAAAUGUUGGUAUAUGAAGCUCAGUGCCAAUUUUUUAACCAUGGUCCAUACCCGGUCAAGCGAGAUUCCCUAUCUCCAAAAGAAUAUUGAAGAAGUUUGUCUACACUUAACUUUUAUAUGGUGUCUGUGAAUGGUUUAAGUGAUCAUCAUUGAAGUCCCCAUGCUACUAACCCACAAAGGUCUAUCAAUACUAACCUAAAAUGUUCAACCACUUGCAUUAAUUUCCAUACGGCUCCUUUUGCCACAAAACCAAAAGAUCUGAAAAAUGGAAAGAUAACUAUUUAACUAGGUUUAUCAAAAAUUACAUAAGAAACUAUUUAGAGCAGCUUCAGUAGAUAAUAAUUAAUUGUAUUGAAUCACAACGGUUCAUAAGAGAUGUCAGAAAAUAAAGAUAUUCAUCAGAAUAUUCAA